AGAGGCGAGUCUCCUUCCCUCCUGCGCUUGUGUCUGCCGCCACGCGCCGCUCCGCUAUCGAGAGGAAAGCUUCUUCGUCCUCCCUCUCCCUGCAGAAAAGACACUACACGCAAAAUGGCCGACCAGGAGAUGGAACAGCAGGACUUCACUGAGGACUACAGCGGAGGCGACUUCCAGGAGAACGGGUCUGGGGCGGCGGAGAGCCAGGAGGGCGGCGGGGAGGGCCAGGCCGGCGAGGUACAGGACAGCGGCGCCGCGGACGCCCCCGGCCGCGACGACGACAGGAAACUUUUUGUUGGUGGCCUGAGCUGGGAAACCACAGAAAAGGAGCUGCGUGAACACUUCAGCAAAUAUGGAGACAUUGAAAGCAUUAAUGUUAAAACAGACCCAAAUACUGGCCGUUCCAGAGGCUUUGCAUUUAUCGUCUUUAGUGUAGGAGAAGCUGUUGAUAAGGUUAUUGAUUCUGGUGAUCAUGUCAUAAAUGGCAAAAAAGUUGAUCCAAAGAAAGCAAAGGCUCGCCAUGGCAAAAUCUUUGUUGGUGGCCUUAAACCAGAACUGUCUGAUGAUGACAUCAAAAACUUCUUCAAUCAGUUUGGUAACAUUAUUGAAGUUGAGAUGCCGUUUGACAAACAAAAGAGUCAACGCAAAGGAUUCUGUUUCAUCACCUUCGAUCAAGAAUCCGUGGUCACAGACCUUCUCAAGACCCCUAAGCAAACAAUCAACGGUCACGAUGUCGAUGUAAAGAAAGCCACACCAAAGCCUGAUGCCAUGAUGAGAGGAGGCAUGCGUGGAGGCAUGAGAGGAAGAGGAGGCAUGAGGGGUCGUGGCAGAGGCUGGGGACAGGGCUGGAACCAAGGUGGCUAUGGAUACAAUCAGGGAGGCUAUGGCAGCUAUGGAGGAUAUGGUGGUUAUGGCGACUAUGGCUAUGGCAGCUAUGGUGGUUAUGGCGACUAUGGUUAUGGUGAUUAUAACUAUGGUUAUGGAUAUGGAUCUGGCAAUUAUGGCUCUUACCAGGCGGGCAAGGGUACAGCGGGGGGAAGAGCCAGCAUGGGAGGCAGCAGGCGAGGCACCAGCCGUAUUGAACGUGAUUAUGGCUACAACCAGAACGCCAAUUGGCACAGCGGAGACAUGUACUAGCACCGAUCCUCGUCAAGUCCUCAACUCGUCAGUCCUCUACUGCUUCUGGCUCCCACGACGAUGGUAUACUUAGAAAGCCAGAUUUUGGAGAAUUUAAGAUUCAAAAAAAGGUAAUGCACUCGUGUCGCAUUUUGGAUAACGGUUCUUGAAGGUAUUAGCUUCCCUAGGAUAUGACGAGGUCUCUCCCUUCCCUCUCCUUGUCUCUGUGAUGAGGGUAUCCUAGUGGAAUACAGGGCCUUCUGUGAUGGGACUGAAAGUUAGUGGAAGUGGUGUUUUAGUUAAAGAAGUGAAAACAGUUUUGGAUGUGUACCUGCUGAUGAAUAUUCAGUGUCGUGGAACUUUCAAGUGACUGCCAGACCCAGGUUCUUGUUACUGGGAGUUUCAAUCCUAUUCCAUUGAAUGAAGGAUGAAUAUUCAAAGGUCAUUUUUUUUCUUUAUCAGAAUUGAGUUAAAUUCUGGAGUAUGCACAUGGUAUCAUGUCAACCAAAAUUGAUUAAGUGCUUACAUUUGUAUUAUUUUUUGUACGGAGAAUAAUAUACACAUGGAGGUAUA